UUUGUGUUUCUUGCGUGCAGACGCGUUUCGUUAUUCUCCGUAAAUUCCAUUUGCACUUUAUGCAUAAAAUAUCCUCAAAAUUAUUUCAAUGUUAAUUGAAAGUAAAUGUUUCAGUGACUUGUGAAAUAAAUAAUAAAUAGGAAAUAUAAAAAGAAAAAACAAUCAAAAGAAAUCAAGUGAAUUAGAUGUGAAGUUGAGCAAACAAACAACACAAAUGCAGCUAAAAACAUCGCAACGAAGACGAUGGAUGAUGAUGUCCGAGCUCAAAUCAAUAACAACAACAAGAGCUAUGCACAAGUAGCAAUUAAAAAAGUUAAAGCCAUUGAAAAAAAAAAAAAACAAAUAAAUUAAUGUCGCACAAAAAUUGACUUGCUAAGCAAACAGAACUCGUAUGAUUCAAAAUAGUUAACUUUGUGACAAAGCAAAGAGAGCACCCAAUCCCAUUACAAAAAGAGAACAAAUCUCUUCAACAACACAAAAACUACAAUAAUAAUAAAGCAAUAAAAUCUUCAUCAUGUUCAACUUCCAUAAGCCACGCGUCUAUCGCUCCACGGACGGCUGUUGCAUUUGCCGUGCCAAGUCGAGCAGCUCGCGUUUCACGGCGUCGCGCAAAUACGAAAAGGAGUCUAUGCAAUGCUUCAAUCUGCAUGAGCCGCGUAACGGUGAAAUCUGCAAUGCCUGCGUCCUGCUGGUCAAGCGCUACAAGCGGCUGCCUGUUGGCAGCAAACGUCACUGGGGACAUGUGGUGGAUGCACGCGCUGGCCCCGGCACCAAAUCUCUCGCCAAGCAAAAGAAGCGAGAGAACGAAUGUGAGGUUAAGUCAGCGGGCUCUUUCAUACCCGAGAAAUUCGCCAAGAUAUUCAAAAAGAAUCGCAAAGGGAAAAUAACAGCAGCAACAGCGCCCUCUUCCGCCAAUCAGCAGCAACACCAACGCAAUGGCAAUAGUUCGCCACACUCCGAGGAGCAGCCGAGCGAUUCCAACGAGAGCUACGACGAGCACGAACAGCAGCUCCAGCAACAACAACAACAGCUGAUCGGCAGCACUGCCGCAACACCAUAUCAGACGCGUAAGCGCACCGCUGCAGCAGCGCAACUGGCCACGGAAUCGCUGCUAAAGAAGAGUGCUGCACAACGUUCGCGGUAUACGGGCAGCAAGAGACGGCGCAUGCUGGAACCAAAAAAGAAUCGACGUGCCGUCGAUAAUGUGCCGUUCUUCGAGGAGCACGAUCUGCUGCGACUGGACGUAUGCUGCGGCACCGUCUUCCAGAGCCUCAGUCUAGGCAGCGCCUGUUACAUAAUCGAUACGGAGCUCUAUAAGCCCUGCGAGAAACAUCGCAGGCGCAGACAACAGCCAGAGCAGCAAAGGGAACUGGAACCAGUAGCGACAACGGUGCAACAGACGGAACUAGAGCCAAAGCCAGUUAGCCAGAGCAUUAGCACGCCGGCGUUAAAGAAGCAUCAUUUGUAUUUUAAGCGACAAUCGGAGUCAUUUCCACAGGGCGAAGUACAUAGAAUAAGUCCAAUUCCAUUGAAUAAGACUGAGCCAGCAACAAUAACUGUACAACAACAACAGCAACAUUCCACAGCAAUUGCGACUGUGACGUCAGCAGCAUUGCACUCAAACAUCUUAACUACGGCUGUGGGUGCUGCCUCGCCCUCAUCGUUAUCUUCCUCAUCGAAUUGCUCUACUUCCUCCUCUGUGGCCACCAAAUUCAGUGACAACUCCUCGGACUCGGGCUUCGAUGAGCAUGUGCUAGAACGCAAAUCUGUGAGUCCGCCCACGCAGGAUGAUCAGCAGCUAGAUAAGAAGCCACGCAGCAGCACCAGCAGCAGCGUGCAACGCUUAAUACUGGCCAGCGGCUUACCCAUCAGCGGCCAGGCCCAGAAUCUGGUGCUGACGGGCAACGAGUUUACCGCACGUUUCGUUCAACGGCAGCAGGCGCCCAAAAUAAAUGUGCUGACGACGGCAGCAGCAGGAGGAGCAGCAACAGCAGCAGGAGCAACAAUAACAGGAGCAACAACAACACCAACAAUAACAGGAUCUCAAAGUAAUGGCAAUAAAAUGCGUGCAAUAUUUAACAAUGCAAACACAAUUCAGCAUGAAAAUGGAGUGACAACAAUUUUGCCAGCCUCCUCGCUGGCGGCCACAAACCAAACGGCAGCCAUGAAUGCCAUUGCGCCCAGCACGGUGACCAUAACGCCAGCCAAGAAACCAAAUGCAACAGCAGCAGCAGCUGCUGCUGCGGUGGUCAAUCCCAAGUUCAUAUUGUUGAAGCCAGCAAUUGGCAAAUUCGGCAGCAACAACAAUCAGGUGAAUCCGCCGGCAGCUGAGAUCAAAAUAACUUAGAUCGAAUACACUUUUGGGGCAGGCCGCACACUAAUACAAAUUGAUGCAUUUGAAAAGUAAAUGGGCUUAAGACGUUUCUGAGAGACUAAAAUGCAUAGAAAUUGAUAGAAUAAGACACACAGUUGCCACUAGCUAUAAUGUACCGCUGCAAAGGGCAACGAAAAGGCUGCCAUUAUGUUAAAUUUAUACAAAAAAAAAAAAAAAAUUAACAAAUAAAAGCAAAAACCAAUUACAUAGCCAUGUUAACUGGCUGUU